CUCCUGGAGUGUACGGAGGCAAGAUGGCAUUCUGGACACAGCUGGGUUUGCUACUAUGGAAGAAUUUCACUUAUAGGAGAAGGCAAACGGUCCAACUACUGAUUGAAAUCACUUGGCCAUUGUUUAUCUUCUUUAUUCUGAUGUCUGUGAGACUGUCUUAUCCGCCUUAUGAACAACCAGAAUGUCAUUUUCCAAACAAGGCCAUGCCUUCAGCUGGAACAUUGCCCUGGGUCCAGGGGAUUAUCUGUAAUGCCAACAAUCCUUGCUUUCGUUCCCCGACACCUGGAGAGACACCUGGCAUUGUUGGCAAUUUUAAUGAAUCUAUUGUUUACCGAUUGUUCACUGACGCCAAACGCUUGCUAAUGUAUAGCCAGAAGGACACCAGCAUCAAGGAUGUACAGCAAGUGUUGACAAAAGUGCAGAAACUUGGGAAAUUUGCCUCAGGUGUCAAAGUUCGGGAUUUUCUGUUUGUCAACGAGACGUUCUCUGACUUCCUCCAUCACAAUGCUUCCCUAUCACAGCCUGAUAUAGAUGAAAUCCUGAAUGCUGAGGUCAGUCUCCAACAGAUCAUUACAUCUGGCUACCGGAUAAGUGUGGAAGACUUGUGCAAUUUCACCAAACUGCCAGAAGUGGUGGCUAUCAACAAUGGCAGCCGUGCCUUAAUUUGCUCUAUGUCGAAGGAACAGCUUGCUUCUCUAGAAAGAGUGUUCCAGGAUAAUAUGGACUUCAUAAAGCCCCUUAUGAAAGGGAUCACCUUCAAUUCAACCCUGGAGGAUGUUAAGGGAACUAUGGAGACACUGACCCAGAGCCUCGGGAAUCUUCUUAAAGAGUUAGUGAGCAUGAGAAGUUGGAGUGACAUGAGACAAGAGGUGAUGUUCCUGACCAACAUGAAUUCCACAAGUUCUUCUGCUGAUAUCUACCAGGCAGUAUCUCGAAUUGUUUGUGGCCACCCUGAGGGAGGGGGAUUGCAGAUCAAGUCCCUCAACUGGUAUGAAGACCACAAUUACAAAGCAUUGUUUGGAAGCAACAGCUCUGAUGACGAUGCAGUGGAUUUCUAUGAUAACUAUACCACACCUUUCUGCAAUAACUUAAUGAAGACCCUGGAAUCCAACCCGCUUUCCAGGAUUAUCUGGAGGGCCCUGAAGCCUUUGCUUGUUGGAAAAGUUCUGUACAGCCCUGAUACACCAGCAACAAGGACAAUUAUGUCAGAGGUCAACAAGACAUUCCAAGAGCUAGGUGUCUUCCAUGAACUUGGAGGCAUGUGGGAAGAGAUUAAACCAAAACUUAAAACUUUCAUGGAAGAAAGCCAGGAGAUGGAUCUGAUCCGGGUCAUCCUCGACUUACGACCGAGUGAGCUCCUUUGGAACCAAUACUUGGUCAAUUCAAGAUGGACCAUGGAAGAGGUUGCCCAGUUCCUGGCAAAACACCCUGAGGAUGUCCGUCCAGUGAAUGGCUCUGCUUAUAGCUGGAGGAAUGCAUUCAAUGAAACUGAUCAAGCCAUUAUGACUAUUUCCCGUUUUAUGGAAUGCGUCAAUUUGAACAAGUUGGAAGCUGUGCCUGACGAAGGAUGGCUUAUCAGAAAAUCCAUGGAACUGCUGGACCAGAGACGAUUCUGGGCUGGCGUAAUUUUUCCUGAAAUUGCUCCUCAGAGUGUGAAUUUGCCCCAUCAUGUCAAAUAUAAGAUUCGGAUGGAUAUUGAUAGCGUGGAAAGGACCAACAAAAUCAAGGACAAGUUCUGGGACCCAGGUCCUCGAGCUGAUCCUUUUGAUGACAUGCGCUACAUUUGGGGAGGCUUCGCCUACUUGCAGGAUGUAAUAGAGCAAGCAAUCAUACGGACUUUGACAGGCUCUGAGAAGAAAACUGGUGUCUACGUUCAGCAGAUGCCUUAUCCAUGUUAUGUGGAUGACACAUUCUUGCGUAUCUUGAGCCGGUCAAUGCCUCUUUUCAUGACUUUGGCUUGGAUCUAUUCAGUAGCGGUGAUCAUCAAGGGGAUUAAAGGAAACUUGCUGCCCUACAGUGAUCCCAGCGUGAUUUUCAUCUUCCUGUCUCUCUUUGGUGUCGUAACCAUCUCACAGUGCUUCCUCAUCAGCACCUUCUUCUCCAGAGCCAACAUAGCAGCUGCUUGUGGAGGAAUUAUCUAUUUUACUCUCUAUUUGCCUUACCCCUUAUGUGAAGCCUGGCAGAAUUAUAUCGGUUUCUCUCUCAGAAUAUUUGCAAGCCUACUUUCUCCUGUUGCCUUUGGAUUUGGCUGCGAGUAUGUUUCCCUGUUUGAAGAACAGGGUAUUGGGUUGCAGUGGGACAAUUUCUUUGAAAGCCCUGUGGAACAAGACAGUUUCAACUUGACUUUAUCUGUGUUCAUGAUGGUGCUGGAUAGCUUGUUGUAUGGCAUUAUGACUUGGUACAUUGAGUCUGUUUUUCCAGGUCAAUAUGGCAUUCCCAGACCUUGGUACUUCCCCUUUAUGAAAUCCUAUUGGUUUGGUGAGGAAGCUGGAGGACAGUGGCUCCCUUCUCAUGCUGCAGGAUCAUCAGAAAUUUGCAUGGAAGAAGAGCCAAGCCAUCUUCCUCUUGGGGUCUCCAUUAAGAACUUGGUGAAGGUUUACCGUGAUGGCAAGAAGCUGGCUAUAGAUGGUCUUACACUGAAUUUUUAUGAAGGGCAAAUUACCUCCUUCUUAGGGCACAAUGGAGCAGGAAAAACUACCACAAUGUCCAUUUUGACUGGCUUAUUCCCCCCGACCUCAGGCACGGCCUUUAUCUUGGGGAAAGAUAUCCGUUCUGAACUCAACACUAUCCGGAAGAAUCUGGGUGUUUGUCCUCAACACAAUGUCUUGUUUGAUGAGCUGACAGUGGAAGAACACAUUUGGUUUUAUGCACGCCUGAAGGGGCUGCCGAAAAAGUUGGUGAAAAAGGAAAUGGAACAAAUGGCUAUAGAUGUUGGCUUGCCUCACAAACUCAAAUCUAAGACAAACCAACUUUCUGGUGGCAUGCAGAGAAAGCUUUCGAUAGCUCUGGCCUUUGUAGGUGGUUCUAAAGUUGUCAUUCUUGACGAGCCAACAGCUGGAGUGGAUCCAUAUUCCCGAAGAGGGAUCUGGGAGUUGCUCUUGAAAUAUCGACAAGGUCGCACUAUCAUUCUCUCCACCCACCACAUGGAUGAGGCAGACAUCCUUGGAGACCGAAUUGCCAUCAUAUCUAAUGGCAAACUUUGUUGCGUUGGCUCUUCAUUAUUCCUGAAGAACCAGCUGGGCACAGGAUACUACCUGACCUUAGUCAAGAAGGAUGUAGAUUCUUCACUCAGCUCCUGUAGAAACAGCAGCAGCACAAUAUCUUAUCUGAAAAAGGAUGACAGUGUUUCUCAGAGUAGUUCUGAUGCAGGCCUUGGGAGCGACCACGAAAGUGACACUCCAACAAUAGAUGUAUCUGCAAUUUCUAAUCUGAUUAUGAAGCACGUCCCAGAAGCAAGACUGGUGGAGGACAUUGGCCACGAGUUAAGUUAUGUCUUGCCCUAUGAAGCUGCCCGAGAAGGAGCUUUUGUGGAGCUGUUUCAUGAGAUUGAUGACCGCCUCUCUGACCUGGGGAUUUCCAGCUAUGGCAUUUCUGAGACUACCUUGGAAGAGAUUUUUCUCAAGGUGGCAGAUGAAAAUGGUGUGGAUGCAGAAACUUCAGAUGGCACAUUACCUGCUAGAAGAAACCGAGUCUUUGGAGACCGACAAAGCUGCCUUCGCCCGUUCACAGAGGACGAUGCUUUCGAUCCUAAUGAUUCUGACAUAGAUCCAGAAUCUCGGGAAACUGACCUUCUGAGCGGAAUGGAUGGCAAAGGAUCCAGUCAGAUGAAGGGCUGGAAGCUGACCCAGCAACAGUUUGUAGCUCUACUUUGGAAGCGGCUACUUAUCGCCAAGCGCAGCAGAAAGGGCAUUUUUGCCCAGAUUGUUCUCCCUGCCAUCUUUGUUUGCAUUGCUCUUGUGUUCAGUCUGAUUGUUCCUCCCUUUGGAAAAUAUCCCACCCUCGAAUUGCACCCUUGGAUGUAUGAUCAGCAGUACACAUUUAUCAGCAAUGAUGCUCCACAAGACACCUCUACUCAAAAGCUUCUGAGCGCUCUUCUCAACAAACCUGGUUUCGGGACCCGUUGCAUGGAAGGAUACUCCAUUCCAGAGGCUCCUUGUUCUGUGGGAGAAGAAGAGUGGAGCCAAGUUCCGGUGCCUCAGAAUGUCAUGGAAAUUUUCCAGAAAGGCAACUGGACAAUGGAGAAUCCCUCCCCGUCGUGCAUAUGUAGCAAAGGCAAUAUCAAGAAAAUGCUUCCAGUGUGCCCUGCUGGGGCUGGUGGUCUACCUCCUCCCCAGAGAACCCAGAAGACCACCGAUAUUCUGCAGAAUCUGACGGGGCGCAACAUUUCUGAUUAUUUGGUGAAGACUUAUGCACAGAUCAUUGGAAAAAGUUUGAAGAGUAAGCAUUGGGUCAAUGAGUUCAGAUAUGGUGGCUUUUCAUUGGGAGCUAGUGGGUCUAUUGUGCUUCCUCGAAAUGAAGAGGUCAAUGAUGCCAUCAAUCAAAUGAAGAAAAUCUUGGAAAUUACCAAGGGGGGUGCUGCUGAACGGUUUCUAAACAGCUUCCGGAACUUCAUGAAAGGCCUGGACACAAAUGAUAAUAUUAAGGUGUGGUUUAACAACAAAGGCUGGCAUGCCAUUGGUGCUUUUCUCAAUGUGAUCAACAAUGCCAUUCUCCGCGCCAACCUACAAGAUGGAGAGAAUCCAAGCAACUAUGGCAUUACGAUCUACAAUCACCCACUGAACCUCACCAAGCAGCAGCUCUCUGAAGUUGCCUUGAUGACUACUUCAGUGGAUGUUUUGGUCUCCAUCUGUGUCAUCUUCGCCAUGUCCUUCGUUCCAGCUAGCUUUGUAGUUUUCUUAAUCCAGGAGCGGGUCAGUAAAGCCAAGCAUCUCCAGUUCAUAUGCGGUGUGAAACCAGUAAUCUACUGGGCGGCCAAUUUUCUAUGGGAUAUGUGCAACUACAUUAUUCCGGCGACUUUGGUCAUUAUCAUCUUCAUCUGCUUCCAGCAGAAAUCCUAUGUAUCCUCAACCAAUCUCCCAGUGUUGGCACUUCUACUUUUGCUCUAUGGGUGGUCCAUAACUCCUCUCAUGUACCCAGCAUCUUUCAUAUUCAAGAUUCCUAGCACGGCAUACGUGGUGCUGACCAGCGUAAACCUCUUCAUUGGCAUCAAUGCGAGUGUCAUCACUUUUGUCCUUGAACUAUUCACCAGCAGUAAAUUCAACAGCAUCAAUGACAUCCUGAAGUCUGUGUUCCUUAUCUUUCCACACUUCUGCUUGGGACGUGGCCUAAUUGACAUGGUGAAAAACCAAGCAAUGGCAGAUGCCCUUGAAAGGUUUGGUGAGAAUCGCUUUGUCUCCCCUCUCUCCUGGAACCUGGUUGGGAGGAACCUUUUUGCCAUGGCUAUAGAAGGAGUCGUGUUCUUUCUCAUCACGGUGUUGAUCCAGUACAGGUUCUUUAUCAAGUCUAGGCCUAUGAGCGCAAAGCUUCCACCUGUAAAUGAAGAGGAUGAGGAUGUGGUUAGAGAAAGGCAGAGGAUCAUUGGUGGUGGUGGGCAGAGUGACAUCUUAGAAAUCAAAGAAUUAACCAAGAUGUACAGAAUGAAACAGAAACCUGCUGUGGACAGAAUCUGUGUUGGAAUCCCUCCUGGAGAGUGCUUUGGUCUCCUGGGCGUGAAUGGCGCAGGGAAAUCUUCCACUUUCAAGAUGUUGACUGGAGACACUGAUGUUACAGGAGGAGAUGCUUUUCUGAAGGGAAACAGUAUUUUGUCUAACAUCAAAGAAGUCCAUCAGAACAUGGGCUACUGUCCUCAGUUUGAUGCCAUUCAGGAGUUGCUGACUGGGCGAGAGCACCUGGAAUUCUUUGCGCUCUUAAGGGGAGUUCCUGAAAAAGAAGUCUGCAAGGUUGGUGAGUGGGCUGUCCGUAAACUAGGCCUUGUAAAAUAUGCUGAAAAAUAUGCCGGCACCUAUAGUGGUGGGAACAAGCGCAAGCUGUCUACUGCAAUGGCCCUAAUUGGGGGGCCUCCUGUGGUCUUCCUGGAUGAGCCAACUACAGGAAUGGAUCCCAAAUCCCGCCGCUUCCUUUGGAACUGUGCCUUGAGCAUCAUCAAAGAGGGAAGGUCUGUGGUCCUUACAUCUCACAGCAUGGAAGAAUGUGAGGCCCUCUGCACUCGAAUGGCGAUCAUGGUGAAUGGGCGGUUCAGGUGCCUUGGCAGUGUCCAACACUUGAAGAACAGGUUUGGAGAAGGUUACACAAUAAUUGUACGAAUAGCAGGGGGAACCCCUGACCUAACCCCUGUUGAGAACUUCUUCAAGCUUGCUUUUCCAGGAAGCGUGCUGAAGGAGAAGCAUCGCAACAUGCUGCAAUAUCAGCUCCCGUCCUCUCCAUCCUCUCUGGCUAGGAUAUUUAGCAUCCUUUCCCAGAACAAAAAGAAACUCCACAUAGAAGACUACUCUGUUUCCCAGACCACACUUGACCAAGUAUUUGUAAACUUCGCCAAGGACCAAACUUAUGAUGACCACACAAAAGACUUGUCGUUGCACAAAAACCAGACUGUGGUAGAUGUAGCUGUUUUGAGUUCCUUUUUGCAAGAUGAGAAGGUGAAGGAAAGCUGUGUAUGAAUAACCUUCCUCAGAAGGAUGCAAUGGUCACACUGAGCAGAAGGAGAAAUGUUCAUCCUUUCUGUGUUAUGGAUGGGAUCUUCCCAAGUGGAAACAGAUCGAGACCGAGGAGGUGGAGAUGGAAAUAUUAAAUGGGACAUUGUACUGGUAAUCAUUCAAUGCAAUGCAAUUCAAUGCAAACGAAACAAUAUUCCAUUACAGAGGCAGCGCCUCUGGGAGAUGUUGCCUUGUUGUACUGUUCUCUAGUGAAAGACUUGAAUUUAGUUAUUCUUACAUUAUGAUUCUGUGAAACUCUAAUAUGGUGCCACUUGCUGCUACGUUGUCUUUUGCCAUACUCCCACUUGUUUCUACUUAGUAUGUUUUAUGUUAAAAAUUACGUUAACAACAAUUCAGAGAUUUAUGGCCAGUGAUUUAUUUAUUCACCAUGCUAAGGUAGGCACAGAUUCUCUGCCCAGGGGGGAAAGGAACUGCUUGGGCACUACAUCAUUGCUGGCAAUGAAUGCAUCAACAGAACCAGUGUCCAGCAGUCACACCCAGUGUGAUAUUGUGUCCUUAUUUAAGUAUUAGCUAUUGGUCUGGUUGACCCAUACAUGUUUGAGGGGACUGGUAUAACAACCAUUAGGGGUCUUAAUAGUGGGCCAUGAAGCACACCCUCAAAACAGGCUAGUUUGAAUUCAGUUUCUUAAUGGCUUGUAGGAGAACCAACAAUUAACCAUCAAAGCAUCUGAGACAACUUCUGUCCUAAUAGUAUGGUGUCCAAUUGCUUAUUUUUCCCCUUUGCUUUUGUUGUGGGACCGUUGCUGUUUUUGGGUUUCUUUACUUAAGCUUGAUUGUUGAUAUGUCUAUUUUCUUGCAAAAGUACUAUCUGUAGGAGAGACUCAGCAAACUCUGAAGAACUCUCUAUUAUCAUCUAUACUAGGGUAUCUUGUUUUCCUGCCUAUCUAAAUGCAUAUAGCAUUAUUUCCAUCAAUAUGGAAAACCUUCAGUUAUACCAUCACCUCUGUCCUGUUUACAUAUAAUUUUAAAUCAUACAAUGGUGAUCUCCUGCUUUGCAUAGCAGAGAUGCUGUUUCAGGGUUGAGGUUGGAGAAAGCCCUCCAGAAAAAGCAGCUGGGGGUCUUGAAGUCUUGAAUGUCCUGAGUUUCCAUAGUCCUUCCAUUUCUCUUACUUCGUGGCUAUUAUGUGGCACCUACGCUGAUCUCCUACUCCAGAUAUGGAUCGAAGGUAGGCAUUAAAAGUUGGAUAUGUGGAUGACAAGCAACUAAUAAAUAGAUUUUCUUAAAAAAAAUAUGCCCCAUUUUUCAGCAACUGUUUAUUUGGAAAUUUACAUGGGAACUUUUUUCAUUCAGCCCAGACAUAAAAAGCUAGGAGAAACAAAAUGGCUACAAAUUAUAUUUUUGUAGUAUUGGUUAACAAACCAAUACUUGUGCUCAUCACAGCUGGCAUAUACUAAUAUUACAGCCAUGUCCCAAGCCAGGUAAAAUUCUGAAAUGGUUAGUUGCACUAAGUCGUUUUGAAGUCAGCAGGACAUCAGUCUGAAUCCUGCACAAUCUUUUUUGCACCCAACUUUCAAUGACCUGCAAUUUAGUUUCUCUCUCUCUAAGUACCGUAGAUAUUUUUUCUACAAAUAUAAAUGCUCUAUUUUAGUAUAAUUUUAAAACACGUUUGCAAAUUUAACACAAUUAUAACAGAGGUAAACAUUAAUUGUACAAUCCCUUGAUACAACAGUAACUCAAAAUAAUUGAGUUAAAUGACCAGUGUAAAUUUGCAAUGUAAGGCUGAAAUCCUAUACAUGAUGACCUGACAAUUAGAUGUACUGAUCACAAUGGGACUUCAAUAAAAGAAUAAGUGCAUUAUAUUCCCAUUGCUUUCAGUGGGGAGCAUUUAAAUCCUUACUUAUCUGUUUCAUUGGAAAUAAUGGUUUCUAGAAGUGCUUCUUGCUAAGAAUGGAGAUCCAGGCUGGGUUUGUUCCACACAAAAUACUAGUAAAUCACUGUGUACAAAUUUUCCUUUGUAUCAGAUGAGUUAGCCAAAAUUUUCCUCAUGCUCUCCGUAUGAUAUAAAACCACUGGUCAAGGAACUGAAAAAGAAUAUUUACUUCAUGUUACGUGAUUAAAAUUGCUGUUAUCCUUCUGCAGUAUUUGUGAUACUGUAAAGAUAGUUUCAUAUGAAUAUAUUUCUUACAGAAGUUAAUAUGUAUAGUAAGUCCCUAUUCCUGUGCUUUUCCUCCCAGUUCUGUUCCAAUCCCCUCUCCCCCUAAUAUGAUUGGUCCUUCAUUCCAAGCACUUUAUGCUGGCUGUAAUGGGAUCUAUUUUUGCACUGGAUUAUCUUAUAAACUUUGCAAAACAGUAGAGCAGUUUCACAUAUACGCAAAAACAAUCUUUUAAGUUAAAAAUCUUUCAAUGGACAUUUUCAUGGAAAAACAAAUAUAUAUUUGUAUUGCUAAUAACUAUUUGUGAAAUAUUAAUAGACAUCUGUUAAUUGCCUUGUAUCAAGUAAAGAAUAAAAGUGUUGCUGGUCUACAAAUCA